CUGUUGGCUCGACAUGGCAACUGCCAUCAUCUCCCGGUACCUCUUUCCAGCCACUCCUGGGCAGUGCCUACCUUUGCCAACAUUCUAGCACAAUGAUGCUGUCUGGAGUUACUGACCAGAGCAGAUCUCCACAUCUGCUCCCUCCUACCCACAUGUUCUAGACUGGGACAUCACUGGAAGCACUGAAAAGUCCUCAUGCCUUGAGCGCUUCACUCGGAAAUGGUGAUGGUGCUAAGAGAGAUUCAGCCCACACAAGUCCUACCACCAGCCUUGACCUCUGAAAUCUACAUCCCUGUGUAUGCACAUCCUGUCACAAGAACAAGUUUUCGAGUGAUGGAAAACUCCCUGGGGAUGCAGACUUCUCUGGGAUUGCAACCACCAAAACAGACAUUUUGUCUGUCCCAAACAGCAGAAUUCCCUAGGUCCUGCAGAGGCACAAAUAUCCAGGUACUUGACAGUGACCCAAUAUCUGAGCUGGAAGACACUUUACAGAGUCCUUCUCGUCUUUUGCCAUUACUACCAGGUCCAUCCAAGGAGAAAACAGAAAACAAUGAUUUGGAGGAGAUUCUAACUAAGCUUCCAGAGCCUCCGGAUACUAUCCAGAGCUCAGUGGAAAACCAAGAUCCUCCACUGCUCCCUUUGGGAAUCCCUGACAUCCAACAUCUUCUGGAUGGCAUUGAUCCGCUGGCUGGUCGAAAGGAGCAGCCUAAUCCCAUCAUUGCAAAUUCGGGAAUGAAUAUCCCAAAUCUUAAGGAUAAAUGGGGAUUCCAAGAGGGGACUGAAGCUAGCAAUGGCUUGGCAGACAUUGCUCCACUGUUGCAGGAUAUCUGCCUACCCCAGAUCUUCAGUCCCUUGAGAAAUCUGGAUCAAUGCAAGGUUCCAUGGAAAUCAACAGAUCCUGGAGCCAUGGAUGUGAAUCAGUUGCAGGACAAUGAGAGUGACACACAAGGUCUCUCCAGUCAGGUGAGGAAGAACAAGCACAAAUCUACACCCAAAGUUAAAAUCCAGCUAAAGGAUCCAGAGUGUCUCCUAGAAGGAGAAGUGGUGGACUGCAAGGUUGCAGCCGGUGAUGGGAGGAGUCCCAUAAAUGUGGCCAAUCUAUCUAACAGCAAGCUUCAGAAACCUUCAUCCAGCAAGUCCAGGACAACCAAGAGCCACCGUCAGGAAAAGGCGACAAGAACCAGAGACCCCAACUCUGAGAAACCUGAGGAAAGCAUGCAGUCAUACAACAAAGUCAAGGCUGAAGAGAAGCCACCCAUCCCCAAGACAAGGAGGAAAAGAAAUCCACCGAAAAUUAUACAAGAGACCUUCAAAAAACCUCGCAGCUGCCUAGGCAUGCACAUGCUGGAGUCUGUGCAGGUUUUUCAUGCGCUGGGGAAGAAGACUGAGAAGAAAACUGGCCUCUCUUCAUCUAGGAUCCUGGGACAUUCCAGCAACAUCCAAGACCUCCAUGCAUCCUCAGCUACAGAAACACAGCCGAAUACUCCCCAGGAGGGGAAAGGUCCUGAGAAAGGUCAAAUCAAAGCUCAGAAACUAGAUGAGGAAGCUGAGAACGGGUGCGUGUCGCCCUCCAUGUGUGAGCUGCCACCACCAGGAAAGGCGAAGUUGGUUCCUCUGCCUUUUGCUACUAUUGAGAGGCCUUGGUCUUGACCUAUUCCUCGGAAGCCACAGUCUCUUGCCUCCCGCAGGCCCACAGUGGCUACCCAUGCCCGGUCCGCUUCUUCUAACACAGCUGAAUCGACCACAGUCAUUCUGGCCCAACCAGCUGCUGCCAGCGCUACUUCUGGGUGUCUGGCUAAAUCAGUACGGCCAACUUCAACCAAGGCAACCCAACCAGAUUCCAUCACUCCUAUCAGGCCUAGUCUCUCUCCUGCUGUGUCUAAGCCUGUGUCUAACAAAACAUCAUCUUACAGUUUGCUGAAGUGGCUACCUGUUUCCACUGCUAGGACCAACCUCCAGCCACCACCCAAGCCUCAAAACCCAUUUCUAAUCCAAGAUUUCAGUUGCCAACCAAUUUCAUGGAGGAAAUCUGAGAUUCUUGGGCCUUCAGUGUCAACUCCAAUCGCAGAACAGAGGCCAGAGCGUGAGGCUAUGAAGAGGCGGGCUCAACUUGAGCGAGACAAUGCUGCUAAAUAGACUUCUUGUGGGAAGUUGCAGUUUUUCAUUGAGAGAGAAAAAGAGAUGGAUAUCUCUCGUUAUUAUGGUUAUGCAAUGUAA